UAUCAUAACAACAUAAUGUGAUUUUUACGUGAUUAUGGAUAUGUUAAGUAAAAUUCUAAAUGUUUUAUGCUUUUGAUCUCAAACCAGUAGCUAAGGGUGGAGUUUCCCAAAAGCAUUUGCAAUUAUAGAGUUACAUCCUGGGUUAUUGUUUGUGAAAAGGGAACAGCUCCAGUCUGGCAGCAUGUUUCGUUUCCCAUUCCCUCACUGUAAUCAUAUUGUACUUGCAUUCUGUGUCUAAAUACAUUGCUUGACAAAGCAUGGUGUUCACAUUACAACAGACAUUUGUGUAUAUAGCUCACCUGAAGAAGGAAUUGAAUCUGCCUGCUUUGACAUGAAGGAGGUUGAAAGUGAGAUCUUCAGACUUAAUGAGGGUUUGGAGCUGAUGGUUUCCCACAACAGAAGGACCAUGCAGAGUGUGGCUCUUUUAGUGCUGGGGGUAAACAGGAUGAAAAAGCCACUUACUCAAAGUGACAGUAAGCUCAGUGAUGAUGAUGUCAUGAACAUCAUAGACAGUGUAGUGAAAGAAACUGUUUGGACUCCCACCCAAGGAAUAAAACGAAGGGACUUCCUGCGUGCCAACAGUGAGAAAGCGUUGACACUGUGUGACAACUCUCAGAAAGAUCUUGUUCUGUCAGGAGAGUUACAGCUGCAGGCCAUCACUCUGCAAGGGGGAUAUUGCCACCGCAAAGUGAAUUUUAAAAUGUCCCGGUACAUCCCUUUCUCCGUCCCUCCUGGUGACUCUCCUGGUCUGAUUGUCGUCCUGUCUAUCAACAACAACCUGUACAUGUCUUGCCGCAUGGAAGAUAAUAAAGUUGUGCUGUUUCUGGAGCAAUACCAUGAUGACAUUUUAACCGACAGAGACAUGGACCGAUUUCUCUUCUACAGGAAAACCACUGGAAUUUCUCUAACCACUUUUGAGUCUGUCAAGUUCCGCGGCUGGUACAUCAGCACUUCACAACAGGAAAACCAGCCCGUUGAACUGUGUAAGGUGGAUGCUGCUAACCGCCUUACAAGCUUCAGAGUAAACUAAAAGAUGUUGUAGCACCCACGCAUCUGUAUAAUUUUUGACAUAAUCACUAGAUGAAGCAAUUUUAUAUAGUAAUGCCUGAGUCUGUAGUGGCAGUGUUCUGUACUUAUUGAAGUAGAAAAGCUUAUGACCUAGUGUAACCUAUCAAAAGCACUAUUACUUUAUAAUACAUUUACUUACAACAUACUUAAAAAUAAACAAAGAAAAAAAAUUGGAAAACACAUGCCUUCUUUGUUGGAGAAAAUUGUAACAGGAUAUUCCUUAAAACUACUGAUAUAUUUUCUUUUUUUCUAAAAAGCUAUUAUCUUUAUUUAAGUUUAUGCUAUUGCUGUGGCUUUUUAGCCAUUAAUGCUCUGAUUUAAGUCUUCUGCAGUUUUUUUGUACUAAGACCUUUAGAGGUUAAGCUUUUCCUUUUCUGAUAUCAGCUGGUGUUGUGGGUUAAAAAAAUACUGUUUGUCAGGGGUUUAGACAUUUGUUCAAACACAAGCAAGAGAAAUGAGACAACUGCAGACCGACUCAGAGUGUAAUUAGAAAACGUGCGCACGGGUGAAUGCCUCUGAAAAGACACACACACCGAGCACAGGCUCACUUGCUUUAUUUAUAAGGCAAAAAUGGGUUACAUAGUACUUCCUCUUUUUAACAGUCAGGGAAGAGGUUAAACAUUAAAUCAGCUUAUCUGAUCUUUCACACACUGGGAUUAAAAAUACAGAAGUAUAUCAUGCUUUAUCUGACAUCACAGACAUUAUAGGAAAGAAUGCAUCAUUAUAUCAUGCUGUCAAAACAUCUCAAACAUUUCAGACACUUAAGUAAGGAAUGCAUUAUGUUCUCUUUAACAAUAAACUUGAUUAGGU